AUGCCUCGCCCCAAAGUACGCGCCGAAGAUCGUAGACGCGCUGUCAUAGCAUGCGUGCCUUGUCAGAAUAGCAAGAAGAGAUGUGACGGGCAGACCCCAUGCGCAAAUUGCCGCCGGCGGGACUACGUCCCCUAUUGCAUCUACGACCCCGAGGCUGCUCGACCGCGUCGCAAAGCACAACGUCGAGCGAUGAGCCGGAGUAGUGAUAUUACGGCAAGCGGUAACGAUGACUGCUCCAGUCUCGAUUACAUUGUUUGUUCUGACGUAGCAUUGUCCGUCAAUGAACGCGAUACACCUGAGCGGGUGCAGGUACCUCAGACGCCGGAGUCGACAGCGGGACAACAGACGAAUGAGACUCCCGACACAGCGUUCUCGUCUUGCUUGUCAAAUGUUGAAAGUCAAGACAAGGGUUCGGAUGGGGAGAACCUAUCAAUGGGCGAUUCCGCAUCACUCUCUUUCCUCGACUUCCUCCGUCACACAUUUCUCUGUUAUAUGGGGCCAUCGCCGUUCACUGAUAAGGAGCGCGCCAAGGCUAUGCUCGAGUCAUCGUAUCCUCAGGCCUCACAUGAUAUCGCAGAAGACAGCCCAGACAGCCAACUAACCUUGGAAGAGAAACGAGAUUAUAUCCAAAGGUUCUUAGUGGCGACAACUGGCAUCAUAUACAUUUACUCCCCCAAGCAACUAUACGAGCUACUAGAACAGACUGAAGACGACAGUGACUCUGGUUCGUCCAAACCGUGUCAGAAACGUGCCAUAAUCGACUUGGUUAUUGCCGUCGGCGGACAAGGUUGCAGAACAAGCCCCAAGACUCUUUAUCACGCACAGAAGCACUUUGAUCGUGGUCAAAAGGUGGCUUUCGAGGGUAUGUUACUGGACCCUACAGGCGAUCUAGUAGCUAUCUUUCUGCUCAUGGGUAUCUACAUGGUCAAUGCGUGCAAGAGAGACGGGGCUUUCAUCUACCUAGGUGUUGCGACCCGAGUUGCACAUGCCAUUGGCCUACAUCUACCUGAGUCUUAUCGCAAUCUGUCACCAGAAACACAUCGAUUCAGGCUUCAGGUAUGGAAAAGCCUGCGUAUUUUAGACAUCGCAUUCGGAGGAGUCCUCGCUCAAACCCCAGCAUCAUCGCCGAGACGCGGAAUAAGCAAUCCAACGUUUUCAGUCCCAGAUGGCCCAGAACCGUGCACACCAGAGUUCACAUCCAUGUCCGCGUGCUACGGAGUCUGCACCAUACUCGAACAGAUCAUAUAUCACCUCAAUGAUAAACAAGACACGAAUCUAACCUCGAUAAAAGACCUCCUCAGACAGUUGAGAGAAUGGAGCUCGGCACUACCAUCGAGCAUGACAAAUUGCACCGUCAGCUCGUCGAUUUCACCUGAGCAGUGGUGGCAGACCUUGGGUAAUUUUGCUGUCUCGGCAUUUUAUUAUUAUGCUGUCAUGUUGGCCACUAGACCGAUUCUGAUAUCCUACAUGCUCGCCAAGCUGAAGCGCUUGGACCGAUCAGAUGGAACUUUAGGGUCGCAUCCUACAAUUGAUCGAGAGACGAAGGAGUUGGCUCAGGUAUGCAUCGAUGCGGCUGUUUUAUUGGUAGAGACAACGCGCAGAACGGGGUCUGCUGGCCUGCUCAUACAGAACAUGACAUUACUCAAGGCUUGGAUAUUCAGCGCCUGCCUCAUAAUGGCCUUUUCCCUCUUCGUGGAGGCCACGCUAUCCGAACGAUCAACAACGUUUGAAACAGAAGCAGCACUGCACAGUGGCAUCGGUAUUAUUCGGGAUCUGGAUCGAACGAGUCCUCAAGCCCAUCGUUACAUUGACGUCUUGACAGAGCUUCGCAAUGCACUCCAGAGCUAUCGCGAACGUCUCAUUCCACCCCGGAGAAAGAGUAGUGGACAGUUCCUCAGCCAAAUCUUUACACUGGACCAGGAGAAGAGUACACCAGCAGCUCAGGACACUGAGAUGACCGGACUGGCGUCUACAGUUGUACCGCCUGAGCUUGGUGACGAAUCAUCUGGAGGGCUGUUAAUGCUGCAGCAGGUAACAGAGGCGACGCAGAAUAUGAGCAAUAUGUGGCGUAUACCAGAUGAAGGUCAGGCAUUCGUUGAUGACUGUCUUCCCUUGUCAAUAGGUGGAUUGGAUGUGCACUGGAAUGGGAUAUCGGUCCAGGGAACGGAUAACUUUCUGUUUGAUACGGAGCCAUUUACUGAGAUGCUGAGCCAUUUCUAA